AUGGCGAAAGCUUCCUCUCAAACGUCACUUGGUAAACUCGCUACAAGCACCUCAAGCAAGAUGGGUCAAGGUGCAUCAACUUACGGGAAGGACAAAAAGAAGAAGGACAAGCAAAAGCCAAAGUAUGAGCCUCCGGUACAAUCGAAGAUUGGUAGGAAGAAGAGAAAGGGGCCAGCAACUGCAGAAAAGCUACCUAGCGUGUAUCCCAGCACGCGGUGCAGACUAAAGCUGCUGCGAAUGGAACGAAUCAAGGACCAUCUUCUGCUUGAGGAAGAGUUUGUGACGAAUUCUGAAAUUUUGAAACCCUUUGAGAAGAAACAGGAAGAGGAGAAGAAGCAAUUGGAAGAGAUCCGUGGAACUCCUCUUUCGGUUGGAACUCUGGAAGAAAUUAUCGACGAUGACCAUGCAAUUAUUACAAGCCCAACUACGCCUGACUUCUAUGUGUCAAUUUUGUCAUUUGUCGACAAGGAGCUGUUGGAGCCAGGCUGUUCAGUCCUUCUGCACCACAAGACCAUGUCUAUAGUGGGGGUCUUACAAGACGACACGGAUCCCAUGAUUAAUGUGAUGAAAAUUGACAAGUCCCCAACAGAAAAUUAUAGUGAUAUCGGUGGUCUAGAGUCUCAAAUACAGGAAAUCAAAGAGGCAGUUGAACUUCCGCUAACCCAUCCUGAGCUGUACGAAGAAAUGGGCAUCAAACCUCCCAAAGGUGUUAUUCUCUACGGUGCCCCUGGUACAGGUAAGACACUACUCGCAAAGGCCGUUGCAAAUCAAACAUCUGCUACUUUUCUCAGGAUCGUUGGUUCAGAGCUGAUUCAGAAAUAUUUAGGAGACGGCCCCAGAUUGUGUCGGCAGAUAUUCAAAGCGGCUGGCGAAAAUGCUCCCAGCAUCGUGUUCAUAGAUGAAAUCGACGCAAUUGGUACAAAGAGAUACGACUCCAACAGCGGCGGCGAAAGAGAAAUUCAGAGGACAAUGCUGGAGCUACUGAAUCAGCUAGAUGGAUUUGACGACAGAGGAGACGUUAAGGUUAUCAUGGCAACGAACAAAAUUGAGAGUUUAGACCCGGCUUUAAUUAGGCCCGGUAGAAUCGACCGUAAAAUUCUAUUUGAGAACCCCGACAUUACUACUAAAAGAAAAAUUUUGGCAAUUCACACUUCUAAGAUGAACUUAGCUACGGACGUGGACCUUGAUAAUCUUGUUACAUCAAAAGAUGACCUUUCCGGUGCAGACAUCAAAGCAAUGUGCACGGAAGCAGGAUUGUUGGCACUGAGAGAGAGAAGGAUGCAAGUUACAGCAGAAGACUUCAAGCAAGCAAAAGAGCGCAUCUUGAAGAACAAGGUCGAAGAGAACCUCGAAGGGUUGUAUCUUUAG